CAUAUAUUCGAAAGUCGAAACUGUGAAAUUAUCUAUGAUCAGUGUCCAUUAUUCGAUGUCCAUGGCCAAUUUAUAAUAGUUCGGAGUGUAUGCUGUAUUUAGUAAUUUAUGAUUACAGCACUUUUAUUUCAUAUGAACAAAAGUAUGCUUAUUUUGAGAACGCUAAAGCAAAACUCAGUAUUCCAGCAUCUUCGCCAUGGGUAUACAGGACCUUCACGACUCCGUUUGAAACGAAAGGAUCAAAAGGAUGAAGCGAGAUCGAAAAAUGAUCCCUAUAUAUUUCAUCCUCGCGUGAGGACAAUAGAACCAAUAAGACAAGUCUUACGUAACACGAAGAGCAUAAUGAGUGACAGUCUACCAUCAGUGGUACUAUCUGGGAUGGAUGAUUUGCCUUUUGAAAAUUUAUUGCCUCAGAUUAGGCACAGUGUAGCUAGUUCUUUGUCUUCUGAUGAUACACAUAAUAUGAUGUAUCUUCAACGUAGUAAGGGAAUGAUAAUGAAUGUUGUUAAAGCAGCAUGGUCAUGUGCAGAUAGAUAUCCAGGAUUACUCAGACAAACGCUCUCUUAUCGACCAGAUUUAAAAGUUUCUUGGAACAGAUUUGGAUAUUUGUUUCAAGUUUCAGGAAAAACUGGACUUCUAUUUUCAUCAGAAAAUCCUUUGCCAAAAUUUUCUUCCUCUAAAGAAGUUGAAAAAACUAUGGAGAUAUCAGUGGAAGAAAAAGAUGAGUUGAUAUCACCAGUAUUUGAAUUAUCCCAAAAUGUUUCAGGAAAGGAAUUUGAUAAUGGGUUUUAUAAUGACAUUUUCCAAUUUCCUCGAACACUGGUUAUUGGUGAACGAAAUUGGAAGUUACCGCAUCUUAUAGCUCAAGGGAUAAUGUUCUCUUUUGGACGACUUGUUGAACACGCUGUCUCCAAGAAUGGAGCAAGUUUUGGUGAUGUUCUACAAAACCCAUUGUCAAUGCGCUCUAUUGCUUAUAAUGACACAAGAAUGGCACUACUUUGUUACCAGCUGAACACAUUAAAUUUUGACAAUGAGCUUGGAAUAAAAAAUCAACUGUGGCUAUCACCAGAGUUUCAAAUUGGUCCCUCUAAAAGAGACUUAAAUGUGGAUAGUCUGGAGUUUUCGGAUAAUGAUUUAAAGCAACUAAUUGCCUUUCUUUUAUAUGGAGAAGCUGAAGGUGAAGAAACAUUAGAGCAAAUUAAAACCAUUAUUUAAGUUAAUUGUUGAGCACUUUUAUUAGAUAAAAUUAUUAUCAAAGAAGAUUAGUCUGCAGAAUUGUUUUUUUAACAUUUUAUGUAAUGAAUUGCUUAACAAAG